ACGAGCAGCCGGCGAGCGAACCGUGUCUGUGAAAAAGUUACCCCCGGUCGCGAUCGGAUCAGCUGAAAUUGAUGCGGUUCGCGCGGUAAAUCCGGCCCGGCGAUCGCGCACGGUUCCAUCUGCUCGAUCUUCCCGCGUCUCGUGUCGUCUCGCCUAUUCACCGCGUUACGUCGUUUUUGUACGCGCUCGCGGAGAAAACCGUACCCUCGAACUGGAAAUAUUGCCAGCGGCGAACAAGCGAACGAACGGAAAGUUCGGGUGAAAACGAUCCGACGCGGGUGAAUCGACGAUCGUCGCCUGGAAAGUUGUGACAGGGUGCCCCGGGAGCAGUGAUUUAUCGACGAACAGGCCCGCUCGUGGACGAAGUGCUUCGAUUUCGGCGACGACAUGUGACGAGAGGUGUCGAUCGUGUGUCAACGAUAAAGCGUCCCGAUCUCCAGUCGAUAGUUUCUCGACUGACGAUCCUACUACCGCGGAUUCCGUACACGCCCGGAAACUCGGUGAACGCGGCGAGUGGUAACGAUAAACAACGCGACACGCAUCGGAUUCUGUGACCGGGGUGCGCGUAUUACCCGAGUGGCGUCGUUCACGCGGUUAUCGAAGCCACAGUGGCGAGGUGAUAGUGGAUUUCCAGUUCGCGGAGGACAUCCAAAUGCGUGUGUCGUCAUCGCGUCAUCGCGCCGUGGGCUUAACGAGGAGCUGUUAACGCCGGCGUCGUUAGGGAACCCGCGACGCAAGUGGACGCUCCUCGUCGCUCCGAAUCCUCGAAACUGCCGCAGCGAUUGUUAGACGUCCCGUUUGCGCGACAAGAACAGUGCUUUACGGUUCGGACAACCACUCGAUCGUGGAUAGAGACGGGAGCGUAAAGUGAACAAACAGGGAGCAAACAAUACAAGGAGGAAUAUUGCGUAGUUUGCGAAGGAAAACAGAUGUUCUCUGGGAACAGCGUGUAUUCGACUUGACUCUGGGGUUGUUGGUACCUUUUCGUGUCAGGAAUACAUUUUGUUACAUGAUUCCUUUGAACUUGGAUAGAGAAUACUACAACUAACCAAUAGGAAGAAGACACUGUGUCUUAUAAACGUAUAAAAGUGUACGAAGUCAAUCGUCACAGGCAAGACUGCUCCUCCGCGUUCGUCUCACCUAGGGGUUGCUACUGGACAACCUCAAAUAAACAGAGAAAAUACACGGACUUGCAUCGGACCAGUCUAUCGAUGUGAUCAUAAGAAAUCCUGCUACUUGCUCGCAGUACCACGUUCCCCUUAAUUCGAGAUUGUCCUUUCGACGUUGCCCAAGGAAAAUGGAGAACUCGAGCGGUCGUCGUUGCGCGAACGUGCUCUCUUGAAGCGGAAUUUUUCGCGUGGCUAUGGUUCGUCAGUGAAAAGAAGUCAGCGUAAUCUCCCCUUGAGACGAUUGGAUUGUCGUUUCGCAGCGAGGAGCGAGAGGCGAAGAUAACAGAGACGCGCAGAGCGGAGGGUACCAGUUUUCGAAAGGGGUGUAUCGACAACAGGCACUGAAAGAUCCGAAGGAGACCAGAUGCGCUUCAGACGCGCCCCAACUUUCAAAACAGAGAUGAGUUGAGGAUCGGCUACGAUGUUGUGUCGUUUUUCGGCCGUGGUGGCCUCCAUUUUGGUUCACCAGCUACACUUCCUGUGUGCCGCCGGUUCACUAGGUGCUAAGCCGUUUCCUGGACUGGAAAACCUGCCGAGGUCGUUCUGGCAUGAGCUUAGUUCGCCUUUUACCGAGGUAUACGACGUGGAGAGUUUCGCGACAGACACUGGCGGCACUCCUGAGCCCAGGCCCUUUUUCGAAGAUCCAGAGAGCAACAUUACCGUACAACUCGGUGCAGCCGUAUAUAUGCACUGUAGAGUACAAAAUCUGCAGGAUACUCUUAAGGUGUCCUGGGUCCGCAGACGCGGCGAAGAACUUCAUUUGCUCACUAUCGGCUUGGACACGUACGCGAGCGACUCCAGGUUCACGUUGGCCUUUGAGAAGCCCAAUGAUUGGCGAUUGCUUUUGCGCUCGGCGACCGAACGGGACGGCGGCCUCUACGAGUGUCAAGUCAGUGCCCAUCCCCCAUUAAUCAGAACUGUCCAUCUGACGGUGUCAGUGCCGCGGGUGGAGAUCGUCGACGAGCACGGUGCCACAGCCGGCGACAAAUUCUACAAAGCGGGUAGCACGAUAGAAUUGAAGUGUGUGGUCAGCAAUAUACCGCAGCCUACCGGAUACGUAACGUGGCGACACGGAUCUCGAACGCUGAAUUACGACACCACUCGCGGAGGAAUCAGCGUGAAGACGGACAUGGGCACCAGCGGCGCUACAUCCAGGCUCUAUAUAGCAAACGCGAACAAAAAGGACAGCGGGAACUAUAGCUGCGCUCUGGCGGAUGUCGCCGCGGCCACCACCGUCUCCGUCCACGUGUUAAAUGGCGAGAAUCCAGCGGCCAUGCAGCACGGCGGCAGCGGAGGGCUGAGAUCAGUCUUCGUCCUCAUCGUCCUCGCGACGCUCACCUCGUCGCUUUCGAGGUGACCGUGAUGACUCGAUUGUUCCGCGGGCCUGCAGUUCGAAUGGUGCUAACUUUCUUCAUCCACGCGGCCAGAUCUUGAAGCGAUGGCGACGAUCUGGCCCGUUUCAUCGAAGCCAGAAAACUCACCAGGAAACAGGAACGUUUUCCACGACGAAAACGGAAAACGUUGCGAAAUCGACGCCUCGUUUUUCCAAACACGAACGAAAAUCGCGACAGGAAGCGAGGCUCCCUCGUUGGAACCCUCGUUCCUCGCGCAACGUCAUCGACAGACUAUCUUUUCCCUUCUUUUUUGUGUUCUUUCCUUUUCACGGUACGAUGCUGACUGGAGCGUGAAAUUCCUCCGAGAACAACGAAGUUUCUUCUCUAUUGAGACCACUCGUGGAUCGUGUUUACAAGUGCUCGAUGCUCGAGGCCCAUUUUAUUAUGAGCCCGUUGCCAUAAGCGACACUUUCGCGCUUCCUAUGCGAAACGUCGAACGGGAGGAGGGCGACGGACGUUCGCCGUUGUUUGUACAGUCGAAUUGUUGGUAAUUGUUUGCAGCAACGCCCGACUUCAUCGGAUUCCACGGCAUCGGAAUUGAAUACGGUGCGUUGGUAAAUGUUUUGGUGGAGAGGAGUAGUUAUCGUCUCUAACUUUCAAGGUGGAAUUGUUAGAAACUUCUGUUCGUGUUCUAGCUAAUUAUGGUUAAGAGAAAGAAUGUACUUUUUUCAUAUUACUACAGUCUUGUUACGAGUUUCACAAUGGAUAAGUUUGAAGAGCUAUCAAGUAUCUCCAUGUGCAAACAUUAUUUGCAUAUCCUGCAAAGUUUCUUGAAUUAAUUUGACCCUCCCCGAUAACCCCAAUUAUAAUACGUUUGGCUAUUGAAUAAAGUUCUGGCACCACUGAGAUGUAUUUAUAAUUCAAUAUAAAUUCAAAGAGAAAUUUGAAUAAUUUAGCGAGAAUAACAAUCGAAUUUCAUUAAUAUUAUUAGUUGAAAAGGAGUACCUCUAUUUCAAGUUUAACAGGAAAGAUACCUCUUUAACUGUGAGAAAGUACACACAGGAUUGCUAGUUCCAAUAAAUAUACAUAUUUCUAUUUUUUCUAACAACUCUACCUUGAAAACUAAAGGUGACGAACGAGUAGUCGUUGCUUCAAACGCUCCCGAACACCCUUCAAAUGCUUCUCAAUCGCUGAAGUCGAGGUGGGCGCUAUUGUAAAUAAUUAUCGAGUCGUUCGAUUGCGUCGGAGCCCUCGCGGAGCCCUCGAAGAGUGAAGUUUCGGAAGAAGCCGGCUGCAACCGAACUUCCAUUGAGCAGAUUAACAUAUCAGUCGAUUUCUGAGGUCAGAAAUCGCGGAUUUUCCUGUUCGCUGUUACCCCGGGACGAGGAGCACUUUGCCGGCUCGAGCACUCCCGCGAGAAGAGGAGUGUCCUCGAGAAUUAGAAAGCUUUCGUCGCGGUUGUUGACGUAAUUGAGGCGCGUUCAGUCGAACGAGACGUUUUCCUUUGUAGCGCCACGGACUCUGACUACCGAAUACUCGACGAGUAUUGUUUACCCGAACCCAACAGCCUUCGAGCGAGCCGCGAAAGGGAAAUUACGAAAGUUAUUCGUAAUCGAAGCAACUUUCGCGUCUUUGGAAGUAGUAACGACCACGAACUGGACGAAGCUGUUUCGUCGAGGAAAUGAUUAAUCCUGACGGGACACGGAUCUGUUCUUGAGGAGAGAGAAAUCAGAACUGGGGAAAUAAAGUGGAGGAUUCAAAGAAACUUGGUUAGCCAAGUGAUCUAUAAAUGCGUCACGGCUCAGACUGAGCACGAUGCUGAGGCUAUGUUAAUAGGUAGACAAGAUUUUUCAAAGAGAAAUUUCUCGAGGGAAAGUGCUAGACCAAUAGACUUCUUGAUCGAAAGGUAAUCAUGAUGUUUGGGUUUAUGGGUGUUCUGUCAUUUUUUUGAGAGUAGAAGUCUGGGGACAGUGUUAUCUUGUAUUGGAGAGAGACUUUUAUUUGCUUAGUUAAUUUACAUCAUUUUAGUGCAUCGUGUGCGUAUGGCUACUAAUUGGAUCCUUAUAUAAGGUGUUCUGCAAUGAAUGGUGCAACCAGCAAGGAGGGCCUAAAACGAUUGAACAGUGUAAUUACUUUUUCUUAACGGAUCAAUACUUCAUAUCAAUAUUAUUCAAGGUAUAGAGAAUUCACACCUCAACUAUUUUAUUUUUCAUUCUAAAAGGAGUAAAAGUUCCAAAGUGAUUUAACAACUCGCAUCCCCCUUCCCCCAUUUACUUACCGUACUCACCGUGCGAGCUAAUGGCGGUUCCAGUGUGUAUCGACGGAAAACACCAACCAAUGAACCGCAUAGUGCGUCUACAUUUUACAUCAGGCUCGGUUCGGAAAGCGAGCAACAUCGUGCGAUACCAUCAGCGCUCAUGAAUAGCGCCGGAACGACGAACUUUAAAGGCGCUGCGCGGCACGCUGUUGCAAACUUGAAACCGUCGUAUAAUAGCCGUGCACAGGGUGGCAGAAAAUUAUCACUCGCGAUUUAUAAAGUGCUCCCGUUCCUGGACUGCCCCGGAGCGCUCAACCGGGCAGACAAUGAUCGCUCAUAAAGUAUCGAAUCACUUCCUGGCCCCUGUGUUUAUCGCGUGUCGUUAUGCAAAUUUGCGUUCGCUACGCCGCUAUAAAUUUGACACUUUGAUUACCAGACCGUUUCGGUGGACAAUCAUUUUUCCAUUGGACACCGACCUCGCCCCUCCAACUUUUCCAAAUGCGUCUGCAUAAACGACGGAUACACGCGAUCGGUCUGUCCAAUUCGCAUCCACCUACCCUAUGACGUACAAUCGCGCGUGUUAAUCGGUUUUCGCCCUUCGGUGGAUUUGAUUUUUUUUUCUCCUCCCUUCUCGUCUCGUUUUAUCCUCUUUCCCCUCUCUCUAUUUUUUUUUUUUUUUUGUUCGUUCGACGGAAAAGGACAACGCGAAUCACACCGGUAUCCCGAUCCCAUCGACCUAAUCGGGAUAGGUUGAUGAAUUUCCGCGGCGAUCGUGAAUCUGGAAAGACCUUUCGAUAUCGAGCCUGGCACGGAUUUUCCCCGACAGCGAUCGCUUUUGAUUAAUCGGCCCUCGCCGAUGGUUUAUUUACCGUGCUUGAUUUCUAUUUGCGAUGCAUUUUUAUGAGGCGUUUAACAAUAUUUCCACCGCUGUUUCGCAUAGAUCUGUUUCGAACGAAAGGUGUCUUUCGCAGCUUCGCAUUUGGGGAAUAAUUUUCUGUUGAAGACUGGUGGAAGAUCAAUUUUAUUUAUACAAGUACAGAUUGCGUUCUUACGUUCGUUUUACUUGUUGAUAUUUAGUUCGGAAUGGGUCCCAUUAAAAAAGUCGACUAUCUUAAAUUUAUAAAGAUCAAUGAAUAAUAAGGAUGAAAAGUUCUUGCUGUUACUUAACUUCACCUCUUCAUCUACCCUGUUAUGGGUUGAAAAUAAAAUUACUGCACAACUGAACCGAACCCCACGAGUAUAAAAGAUUUCCAGCCUGUUGUUUGUCUAUCAUUUAACGUCACAAAAAAUUCAUCCGACGAUCGCCAAAAAAAAUUGAAAUUUCGUUCCAGUCCCAUUUAAUUUGACGUAACAGCCAUCUAUUUAAUCAUUUCGAGCGCGGAGAGAAUAAAUCGAGCGGUGCAAACAAACGCGAGAAAUAGUUUUUAAUUUUUCCCGUAUCGCGUUCGUGUUGCGAGAAUUUCUUCUCGCGGAAAAUGAAUACCAUCGAAAUGAUGAAAUCGAAAUAACGAAGAGGCGCCACUACUGAAAAAUUACGGUCCAUGUUUUGGAUUACAUAUCGCGGUUCUUUGUUUGCCGAACUCUUAUAGAAGCUUCAAUCAACCAGCUGUGCACAAAUAGCGCUGAAAAAUGGACAAAGGCGGCCGCUGUUGCACACAAUGCUUCAAACAUAAUAAAAAAAAAAAAAUUUCGUUCAAAUGUACGGGAUAGCGGCAAAGGCUAUACUGAAAAUUGAUUGGGAAAACAAAUGGAAAAAUCAGCGACGACACAUAUUUUAAAAAGGAAGCGAAAUCAAACUCUAGCAUCGAAAAACUAUAGUAGUUGUUAUAUACGACUCUUUUAACGAAUUGAUCGUCACGUCACCCAGAAACGGGUGACAGGACUUUUGCAUUAAAGAAGUAAGUAAAUUAAUUCCGAAGAUGAGACAGAAAUAAAAAUAAAUCUAGAAAGAUUUGUGGAUUUACCGACGUUGCACCAUUAUAAAUAAAACUCACUCUUGUAUUAUAUUUUUUUAAUUUUCUAUAUCUCAUACAAAAAUAUCAAAUUUUCAAUACCUGCUUCUAAUACCAACAAAUUAUUUUCCCUUUGGAUGCAAUAUGUAUUCACACUGAUCGAGACAAAUAAAUUUCAUAUGUACUACAAUAUAAGUAGAUUCCAUCCAGCAAGAAUGAUCCAUCCGACCUGUAGUUGUUCCCCGAGGAUCGUUCGAUGCAAAUGUGCGACGAUGAGGCGAACGGAACGAAAUUUUCCACGUAAUGCCCGUAAGAAUCGAUUGCGGGAUGAAAAUCAGCGUUAGAUUCGAUUCGGGAACGGUUAAACGGGUCAUGACAAUGACGUAGGGGUUGUUCGGCGUAAAUCAGCGGGUCGUGGCCGCGGGGGUAACCGGCCGCCGGUUGUAUAAUACGAUAAUUUAGCUUGAGCAUUAUUGUAUGGCCUGGUGCAAAAUAUUUCAGCGAGGCACGCGCGUGCACGCGAACCGCUGCACAAAAACCACAUCCGUGUAACCGAUGCCCGUGAUAAAUUUAAUUAUCACCUGGACCGUGUCCGGGACACUUUUCAGCCUCGGAACCCCGUAUCCCCGAGCCGUCCAGGAAAUCAAAUUCUCCUCGGUCCUUUUGUUCCCUUUGUCUCGUUCGUUCCCUAUUCUCUGUUUUGCCACCGUCACCUUUUGUUCGUUUUUCACAGAUCUUGCGCCCCACCCCCGACUU